CAAAACAUUCCAACGGCUAUAUUUUCUGUCUCAUCUUCCAAACCCUAUUCUCUUCUCUGUUCUCAUCUCCACAACACUGAACAAAACAUCAUAACAACAUGGAUUUGGAGAGAGGACCCAGAUACGAUGAAUACGCUAAACUGAGAGAGAAAAAGCUUCGAUUCAACUACCAACAAUACCAACAACAAGAUUAUCAAGAAGAACAGCAAGAAAAAGAGAAUGUUUUUGAAUCAAAAAUUCCAACCAUAUCAACAAAACAAGCCAAGUAUCAGACUGGUGUGUCUUCUGUAAGAAAAGGGUCUUCUUCUCUUGUAGCUCAAUCUGUACCGGAUUUCUCUUCAUUGUUGAGGAAAGAGAAUCGCAAACCAGUCAGUAACAAUAUGCAACCUACUACAUUGACGCCUCCGUUGAAGAACAAGAACAAAGGUUGCGGUGUUAUGUCGAGUUCGAGAGGCGGUAGUAGAUCGGUAAAUGGGAAUGGAGAGAAGAGAAAGGGUUAUGGUGGUGGUGGUGGGAUUCUUACGGCGAGGAAAAGCUAUGCGAAUUUUGAUGAACUGAGGAGUUUUUCUUCGGCUACUGCAAAUGCUAUCAAUGGUGAGAGUAGGAAUUGUAGGGUUGUAGGGAAGAAAACUGUUUUAAGGUGAAGAGAUCUUUGAAUUCUCAAUUUUUAGUUCUUAUUCACUUUUUUCUCAUAUUUUCAAUUUUCAAUUUUCAUUUUUCUGAAAUUUUUUUUUUGGAGGGUGGAUUUGUAGUAGUAGUAUUAAAAGGUUCUAAGCUUGUGUGAUUUGAGUGUUGAUUAUUGGAAUAUUAUUACAGAAGAAUAGUUUUCAUAUUUUUCUGUUAUUGGGAAGGAUAUUGUUUGUUGUAUUUUUAA